CAUCCAAUUACUUACUAUUCCUACGUGCAUGUGUGGCAAAAUCCUACACCAUUAUUUAUUUUUUCCACUAGUCAUCCUUUAGAUUAUAUAAUCAUAUAAAAAAAAUCAUUGUGAUCAUAUCUUAAAUCUUUAUUUCUUUUCCUCUUUUCCCCACCAACACCACCAUCUCCUCCUCCCACUAUACUAUUACCACACAAUAACCCAAAUAUACACUAAAAAUCUUUGAUAUGUUGAGUUAUCAUCCAAGAUCUAAUAGUAUAUCUACUACUACUAACAACAACAACAAUAAUAGUACUAUUAUACAAAAUCAUCAUCAUAAUCAUGAUCAUCAAGAAGAAGAACAAAUCAGAGACAUCCAUGCGCUAACACCACCAAGACCACCCUCAUCAUCAUCAAAUCGUGGCCGUCGAAUCGAGACUACGUGGGAAACAAGUAGCCAUAGAUCAUCAUCACUUAAUUCAGAAAUAGCAUCAAGUGAGAAUUUUUCUACUAUGAGUCGUGAAUUUAAUGCCCUCGUUCUCGCUGGAUCCUCGAUUAGUAAUAAUCAUGGAAGCGAGAACGAGGUCAGUCAUAAUAACAAUAAUAAUAUUUUGGGAAGUAUUGGUGAACAUGAAGAGCCAAUAGAAGAAACAAAUCCAUUAGCUAUCGUACCAGAUAAUUAUGUAAUUAAUCCUUCUUCAUCAACAAGGAUUAAUAAUAAUUAUAAUAAUAAUAAUAAUAAUAGUGAUUAUUAUUCUACUAAUAAUCAUGUUAGUGUACAAAGGGUGAAAAAAGAAGAAGUUGAAUCGAAGAUUAGUGCAUGGCAAACAGCUAAAAUAUCGAAGAUUAAUAAUAGAUUUAAACGUGAAGAUGCUGUUAUUAAUGGAUGGGAAAAUGAAGAGGUACAAAAAGCUACUUCUUGGAUGAAGAAAAUUGAGAGGAAGCUGGAGGAGAAGAGAGCAAAAGCCCUAGAAAAGAUGCAGAAUGAUAUAGCAAAAGCACAUAGAAAAGCAGAAGAGAAGAAAGCAUCAGCAGAAGCAAAGAGGGGAACAAAAGUAGCAAAAGUUGUUGAAAUUUCCAAUUUAAUGAAAGCUGUUGGGAGAGCUCCAGCCAAACGAUCCUUCUUUUAAUUAAGGAUCGUUUAGUUUAGUCACACUUCUCGGGAUGCGGCCCUUUUUCGAACGCUUACAUGAAUGCAGGAUGCUUUGUGUAUCAAACUUGGCGUGCGACCCUUUUUUGGACGCUUACGUGGAUGCGGAAUGCUUUGUGUACCAGACUUGGCAUGCGAUCCUUUCUCGGACCCUUAUAUGAAUGCAAGUUGUUUUGUGUGCGAGACUGGUGAUUUGGUAUUAAGGAAUUUAAUAGUAGUGUAUGUUAAUUAGUAGUCUAUAGGAUGCCCUUCUCUUUUUGAAAUGAUUGGGUACCCCUAUUAUUGCGUACUAUACGAUAGAUCUCUGUGGUUUGGCACUUUGCUAAACCUCGCCUAUAGCGAGAGUUUCAGUACAUCAAACUGUCUUUUUACUUAAAAAAAAAAAAAAGAAAAAGAAAUGUGAUUUAGAAUAUUAUAGUGAGAAUUUUGAGUGAUUUGUGUGGUAACAUUUUUGUAUUGAUUUUGGGAAGUUAAAUGUUGUCUCAUGAGCUUAAGAAAAAGAUAUGUGAAUGUACACUUCUACAUUUCUAUUUAAUUUGAUUGUUGGGUGUGGCA